AACAGAUUGAGUUUUGUAACUACUACAUUCGAUCCAAUCCUUAAAAAAAGAAAGAAAGAAAAGUGAAAAUCAGUUGAAUUUUCCGGCGAAAGAAUUAGCAAUGGCGGUCAUCGCUGAAGAGCCCAUUCUGUCUAGAUUGGGCCGUGUGGAUAAUAUGUUGAGGCAACUAGAAGAAAUUAGAGGAAGCAGCAACAGGUCUCCAAAGAGCUCGAUUGCAUCUACUCCAUCAAGUGGGACACUUACAAGUGAAGGUCAAGUAUCAUCCAUUGAUUUUUCUCCAAAAUGUCUAGAGAAGCACUGCCGUCCGAUCAACCGUGUGAUGACUGAGACUGAAAUCAAAGGCACUCUCAUUGAGAGGCUUGAUCAGGCAGAGGAACGUUUACUUAAGCUGUGUAUUCAGUUGGAGGAAGAGCUUGUGACUGAGAGGAAGGAGGAACAGAAGAAGAUUGAGAAAAAGGAGAAGAAAGGUCUAAAAGGAUUUGUUAAGAAAGUGGUUAAAGGAGGACAAAAGAAAAUUAAAACAAAGGAGUAGUGUGUUGUUUCUUUA